CUUCUCCACACUACAGUCCGCGGCUGCCUCGUGUAUUCUCGCUGAUGUGAAAAGAUGUUCAAUAAAUCGCAGUUCGGUGCCCCCACCUUCGGCAACACCAGUGGCUUCACCGGCUCCGCCUUCGGGCAAAAUACCGGUGCCUCAGGGUUUGGUGGAUUCGGCCCAACACCAGCCGGCUUCGGUGCCACCAGCAAUGCCGCGGGAGGGCUAUUUGGUGCCACGCAGAGCAAACCAGGUGGGCUGUUCGGCUCCAGCAGUUUCGGUCAGCCAGCGACCUCCUCCACCAAUGCUGGCUUCGGUUUUGGCACCCCAACCUCCAGCAGCUUGUUCGGGGCUACCAACACCGGCGGUCUCUUCUCCACACAGCCGAACAAUGCCUUCACCCAGAACAAGCCCGCAGGAAGCUUUGGAACCUUCGGAACCAGCACCAGCGGUGGAGGCUUGUUUGGGACGACGAGUACGGCCUCCAACCCCUUCGGAGGAACGUCGGGGACGCUGUUCGGGGGAACAUCCUUCACCCCUACUGCUCCCAAUGGAACCACUAUUAAAUUCAACCCCCCAACGGGGACAGAUACUAUGGUGAAGUCUGGGGUGAGCACCAGCAUCAGCACCAAACACCAGUGCAUCACCGCUAUGAAGGAGUACGAGACCAAGUCUUUGGAGGAGCUGCGCCUGGAGGACUACACGGCAGGCCGCAAGGGCCCGCAGACGCCCCUGGUUGGGGCGGGCGGGCUGUUCGGGGCCUCCACAGCCACCUCCAGCGCUGGGGCCAGCCUGUUCGGAGCUACUCCCCCCAACACAAGUGGAGGCUUCAACUUUGGGCAGAACAAAGCCGGCUUCGGAGCAAACACGGGGCUGCUUUCGAAAUUGGGCGUGGUGGGAACUGGGUGUGCGGCCACUCUGCAAAAAACAGGUACUGGUGCAUUCGGCACUCCUGCGGGAGGGCUCUUCGGCCCGGCUCAGCCCCAGGCGGCCACCGGACUCUUUGGCAACAAACCGUUUGGCCUGGCAACAACCACCCAGAGCACCGGCUUCAGCUUCGGCAAUGCCAACCCUUUGGGACAACCCAACACCAGUAGCAUGAGUUUGUUCGGCAGUGCCCCAGCCACACAGUCCGGUGGGAUCUUCGGCACAAACACCAACACUAGCACGGGAACGGGGUUCGGAACCGGCGCGGGGCUGUUCGGCAACACCGCCGCUGGGUUUGGCAAUGUCGGCACUGGCGGGCUGUUUGCUAACAAACCCGCUGGGUUUGGGACGACCACGACCAGCGCUUCUACCUUUGGCACGGCCGGUGCCGGGCUGUUCGGUAACAAACCAAACCUGACUAUAGGAGCCAAUACCAAUCCGUCAACCUUUGGGUUUGGAACAGCCGCGGGAACCGGGGGCCUAUUUGGGAACAAGCCCACCACCGGCGUGCUGGGAGCUGGUCUGGGAGCAGGAUUCGGAGCAGGUGCUGGGCAGACGUCCCUGUUUGGCAACACUCAGCCUAAGUUGGGCGCAGGCCUGGGAGCGGGGGCGUUUGGAACAACCCCAUUCAACACAGCGGGUACCGCGGUGGGCUUUGGGGCUCCCCAGGCCGCUAUCUGCCUGACGGACCCUGCAGCCUCGGCCACACAGCAGGCUGUGCUCCAGCAGCAGCUUAGCGCUUUGGCCUACACACCGUUCGGGGACUCCCCACUCUUCAGGAAUCCCAUGGUUGAUCCCAAGAAGAAGGAGGAGCGACUGAAGCCCACGAACCCCGCAGCACAGAAAGCCUUGACGACGCCCACACAUUACAAGUUGACGCCAAGGCCAGCCACCAGGGUACGGCUGAAAGCCCUGCAGGCCAGCGGCUCCGUCAAGGCUCAUCUCUUCGAUGGACUGGAUGAUGAUGAGCCAGCGGCCCUCGCAAACGGUACCUUCUUACCCAGGAAGAGCAUCAAAAAGCUGAUGCUGAAAACGCCCUCCAGCUCUCUGACCUUCUCCCCUACCGUCCUCAAAGAGACUGAGGAGCUGCCUUCUGCCUCUGAGUACCCAGAGAAUGGGGAGCUGGAGCACGAGGGCAGGAGUGAGCUGGAACGGGAGGAGGAGAAUCCCGAGGUGACCAAGUUCUACACUAACUGUAUCGUAAAGCCCAUCCCGCAGACCCCCGAGGGGUUGAUCGGCCACAAGACCCUGGGCAGCACCAUGGAGGACACCAUCUCCGCCAUGAACCUGCGCAACCUGAGGAACGGAAACCUGGAGGGCAGCAGUGAGGACGCCUCCUUCAUUGAGGGCUCCUUGCACGAGGACCCCGAGGAGGAGGAGGAGAGAGCACCCCCACAUCCCGCCGGCAUUGUGCUGACCAGAGUUGGCUACUACACCCUCCCCUCAAUGGAGGAGUUGGCCCGUACCACCACCGAAAGCGGGGAAUGUAUCGUGGAGAACUUCACCAUCGGACGCAAAGGCUACGGCUCUAUCUACUUCCCGGGCGUGGUGAACCUGAGCAACAUGAACCUGGACGAGAUUGUACACAUCCGCAGGAAGGAGGUCAUCGUGUACCUGGACGAUGAGAGGAAACCGCCAGCCAGUGAGGGUCUGAACAGGCGAGCUGAGGUGACCCUGGAUGGAGUGUGGCCGACAGAUAAAACCACGCGCAGUCCCAUUAAAUCCCCUGAACGGCUGCUGGAAAUGGGGUACGAGGAGCGGCUGGAGAACGCCUCCCGCAAGCAGGGAGCUCGCUUCCUGGAAUAUCGCUCUGAGACUGGCUCCUGGGUCUUUGAGGUUGCCCACUUCAGUAAGUACGGACUGAAGGAAUCUGACGAGGAGGACGAGGAGCUGCCGUCCAAAGCUGAGACCAAGAAGCUGAAAACAGCGUCUCUUCCCAGCCAACAGGCCCAGCAAGCGGCCCCGAGCCCCAAGCCUGCCCCCACCUCACAGAGUCCCUCGCUGGAGCGUGUGGCUCGUGUGGCAGAGCUGGACAGCGAUAUGACAGACAUCACACAGGAGCCCCUCCCUGACUGCUACCUGGAGGAGGACAUAACAGAGGAGCAGGAGCCAGUGUCGGCCUCCAGCAACAUCGCUUCUACCCUGGGCAUCAACCCCCACACACUGCAGAUAAUGAAGGCCUCCCUGUUUGCUGAGGACGAGGAUAUGGACGGCAUCGUGGAGCGGCGCUUCACGAGGUUUCCUCCCGUCCCCGACACAAGCUUGGAGCUGGGAUCACCACACCGGCUGUGCCCGGGUCCUCGCGGCAGGACCUCAGUGGGCGGUUUGUUGCAAUCUAAAUUCACCAGCUCCUCCCUGCUGCUGUCGGGGGCCCGGCUCCAGGAUUCCCCUGAGGCCCCCUCUCCUCGGGCCUGGUUGGUACCCACGCCGCUGCCCUCAGCCUUCGCCAUGCCCAGCCCACUGCCUGAUGUGCCUCUCAGGACGGUGGGUGUGAGACGACAGCAGAGAUUGGUGCAGCUGGAGCGCUCUGUCACCCGGGGCAAAGGCCGGCUCCUCAUGGACAUGGGCCUGUUCAUCGGCCGCUCAUUCAGGGUGGGCUGGGGUCCUGGCUCCACCCUGUGCCACGCUGGGGACCGGCUUAGCGUGCCCACCACCGAUACAGAGACCCCAGAGCAGGACGGUCUAGAAUACGGCUUCUUCCCCAAACCUGUCAAAGUCAAACAGCUUUCAGAGCUGCCGUUUAAGGUCCACGUGGAGAGGGUGAUGCUACGGGGAGAGCGAGGAGACGGGGACCUGUAUCAGGAGCCGUUGGAGAUCGCACUGAGACACAGCAGUGUGCAGACACAAGACGGCUGUCCCCUCAUCACCCCGCAGCCAGGCGUGGAGGCACUACACCAGUAUGUGGACUGGGUGCAAACGGCGCUCACCGGCUCAGAGGAGAAGGAAGCUGUGCUGAGGCGCUGGGGACUGGUGUGGACGCUGUGUGAGGCUCUGUGGGGUCGGCUGAAGGCCCUGGAACCCAGAGCCUCCCAGCACAGCCCGUACGUCCAGCAGCUGGAGCGCAGGCGAGCGUUCUCCCACUGGCUCUCGCUCACCGCACAUCACAGAAUCGAGCAGGAGGUGGCGGUGGCUCAAGAGACAGGCCACGUGGACGCGGUGUUCAGUUACCUGACCGGCAAGCGGAUCAGCGAGGCCUGCAGACUGGCCCAGCGCUCCGGAGAUCACCGGCUGGCACUGCUGCUGGCACAGGCUGUGGGCAGUGAGCAAGUGCGGGAGCUGUUGGCGAUGCAGUUGUUGGAUUGGCACCAACUGACGGCCGAUCAGUUCAUGCAGGAGGACAGGCUGCGUAUCGUGGCCCUGCUAGCUGGCAAGCCUGUGUGGGAGACGUCUGAGGGUGUGGUGAACGCGUGCUCACAGCUCGACUGGAAGCGAUGUCUAGCUAUUCACCUCUGGUACGUGCUGCCGCCCACUGCCUCCGUGGCUGAUGCCCUGAGAGUCUACGAUGAUGCCUUCAAGGGCACAGAGACAGUACAGAGCUACGCACGAUUCCCGUUGCCGGGAUAUCUGGAGGAUUGUGAGAUAGCUGCGAGGAGCGAGGAGGACCAGACCCCACCCCAGGACAUUUGCUAUCAUCUGCUCAAGCUCCACAGUGACAGGUACCACGAGUUGCCGCAGUUGCUGAGCCCGGGCACUGUGACGGAGGAGCGGCUGGAUUACCGGCUAAGCUGGCACGUGUGGGCGGUGCUGCAGGCCCUCAACUACAGCCACGUGUCGGAGAAACAACAGGGCCUGGUCCACAGCAGCUACGCCGCUCAGCUUGAGAGCGCCGGCCUCUGGCACUGGGCCAUCUUCAUCCUCCUGCACAUCCCCAGCUCCCAGCGACGGGAGCGUGCGGUGCGGGAGCUGUUGGCACGGCACUGCCCUCUGGUGGAGACGGAGGAGUGGCAGCGGAGGGAGGAGUUCUUGCGGCACAGCCUGGCAGUGCCGGCCCGGUGGAUCCACGAGGCCAAAGCGCUGAGAGCUCACCGCGACGGCGACGCCCACAGGGAGGCCCUGCACCUGCUGGAAGCCGGGCACUGGAACGCCUGUCACCAGCUGGUGGUCAGCCAGCUGGCCUCAGACGCCAUCAUCAAUGAGAAGCACAGUUACCUGCAACAGUUCCUGGAGAGACUGGCUCAGCCUGAGAGCAGGGCUCACAUCCAGGAUUGGGACAACGCUGGCUCCAUCUUCCUCCAGUACAUUCGCAUUACCCAGAACCUGCAGCGUGUGCAGACCGAGAUCGGGGGCCAGAGCUACGAGCUAGAGAGGCUGCACACGGAUGUUAUGUCGCUGUGUGGUCGGAUCCAGCUGAUCCAGUGUCACACGGCCAGGGAUCAGCUCGCACAAUCCGACAUGGCGAAGAAGAUGUCUAACAUGAUGCGGGUGGUGCUGAGUAUGCAGCACAGUGAGGAGGUGGGAGGGGAGAUGGUCCCUGACCUGCAGCGAGUGCCAGUCUGCCUGCUCGCCCCACACCUGCGACAGCUCCCCAUGCCCGAGGACUACGCGCUGGAGGAGCUUCGAAGCCUGACACAGGUCUACCUGCAGGAGCUGAUCGUCGCCCAGUGAGAGCCCAGCCCCGCCCAUCCCACCCUGCCCUGCCC